AGCUCCUGUGGAUAUGGAGACAUAAGGAAAAGUCUGACACUUAACCUCCAGACCACAGAGGAGAAUCAAAGCAAACAAAAAUCUGGAAUCCAUCGCGCAACAAUUAGAAUGAUGGUGGUAUUCUCGUGUUCUUAUAGAGUGAAUGCUUCCGGUGAGCUUUAUUUCGCGCAUGCGCACAGGGUCAACGUUCCGACGCACGCGCGGGAAAAAACUGCUUACGCCUGCAAAUUUGGUGAGAGGCGCAUUGUCAUGGAGUUUCAGAUCCCUCUGUCCCGCGAGGACCUUCUCCGGCCGUCGGGAGGCUCCCAGUUCUUCGUAUCAGAGCCUCUCCCAGCCAGAGAGACUGUGUCUCGACUAGAAGAAUGCAGGUCACUGCUGGACUCUAGUGUCGUUGCCUCCAUUCCCGAGUGUUUCCCUGUCUUCUUCAGUCUUCUACAGAAUUUCCUGAGUGUGGGUGUAUCAGUGAGAGAGAGUUACUGGAGGAUUGGGGUCAGGGGGCUGGAGGGGGUGUGUCACCAAGUGGGCGGGGCUAAUUUCACCGGUAUGACACAGACAAAGAAGGCGGAACUGAGGAAUGCACUAAAGAUGAUGGUGUAUGUGGUAGUACAGAUGGUUGAAGAGUUUGAAACUGAUGCCACCAAACCAGAUUCCCUAGACAUUGUCACCAACAAGAGAGGAGGUAAGAAGAAAAAGAAGAAUGCUGUGACUGGGUCAGAGUCCCAUCCCAGUGGAAUGGACUGGGGACGGGAGAGGGAGAGAGUCGUCGAGAUGACCUCUGACCUCGUGGAGAACGACCUGUGGUUACUAUGGGAACCACCAUCAGUCCAAAUGAUGGAGGAUUUUAGCAACUUGCUGCUGAGUCUGUGCUACAAGCUGUUGGAGAACCCGGGGUUUGUGAGGGAGAAGACUGCCAGGGACAAGGUGUUUGGCCUCAUGGGCUCUCUCAUGAAGAGAUUCAACGUGGCACUGGGAGUAGGAAUGAAGAUUCCACAGUUGCUCCAACAUUUCGAGCACCUGACGUCACCUCUAGCAGUGGCCAUGUCUUCCUGGACUCAGGAAUACGGAGUCAAAACUGUCGUCUCUGAAGUCGUUCGAGAGCUGGGCAGGAAGGAUCCUCGCGAUCUCUCCCAGGACACCAGCGGGACUCGCUGCUUUGCAUCCUUCCUCGUGGAGUUAUCCCAAUUAGUGCCCGCUGCCGUUCUACCUUCCAUCAGUGUCCUCAUACCUCAUCUGUCUGGAGAGUCCUACACGAUGAGGAACGGAGUUCUUGGGGUGAUAGGAGAGACUGUGGCUGGGGCCCUCUCCUCCCCAUCGCUGGACGAACAGUCGAGGAUCACUCGCGACAAACUCCUGGACAGACUUGAGCAACAUCUUCAUGACGUGAACGCCUUUGUCCGCAGUCGAUGUCUACAGAUAUGGCUUCAACUGGCCAACGCUAAAGCCAUUCCGUUGCCUCGUCUGAAGGCCAUUCUGCCACUGGUGUUUGGGAGAACGGAGGAUAAGAGCAGCAACGUGAGGAAGAACGCAGUUCAACUGCUCACUACCGUCCUGGCUGCCAACCCCUUCGCUGCCAAGCUGAAUGAGAAGGAGUUCAAGUCCAGACUUGUCGCAGAGGAGGCCAAACUGAAGGCCCUAUUGCCACCAGAGAGCCGUAAUGUCGAUGAUGUCACCUCUAAAGAGGGAGAGGGAGAGGAAAGAGAGAGGGAGGGAGGGGAGGGAGGAGGAGGGGAGAAGGAGGAAGGAGAGAAGGCGGGAGAAGUGGCCAAGCAACUCGCAGUCGUCAAAUAUCUUAAGGACGGGGUGGAGUUUAUCGACCUGAUGUCAUCCUGUGUACCUGUCUGUACGAGGCUGCUGGGGUCAAAGGUCAACACAGACGUACUGGAAGCACUUGAGUUUCUUGCAGCGGCUUUUGAAUUUCAAGUUCAAGGGUCAAGAGAAGGGGUGAAGAAAGCUCUGGGACUGGUGUGGUCUCAGGAGCAGCAGAUGAAGGAUUCUCUCGUCGAAACAUACGUCAGACUGUUCCUCAAACCUCAGUCGGAAAACCCUAAGCAGGCCGUUCCAAUCAUCGUCCACAACCUAAUGUCCCUCACAAACGAAGCUACCUACGCCGAGCUAUCAUCUCUGGAGCAGAUGAUGGUUCUGCUAAUGAAGGGGAAGAACAUCUCUGCCCCUGUCGUUAAACUGCUUUGGGACAUUUUCACCAAAAGUGUAGGGAAUGUGACGCAGUCCCAGUCCUGUUCUGCCGUUCUCCUGCUCUCCAUGAUUGCAGGGGCAGACCCCGAGAUUGCAAACGCGAACAUCAGAAUCUUGAUUUCUCACGGACUCAAACAACAUGGGGAUAACCCUGAUCUUGUGCUGGCGAGGCACUGUUGCGUGAUGCUACAGAAGUUGCACCGGUCCCAUUCCCAGACCAACAAGCCACCCGUCCCAUUCCGGUUCCCCCAUUCCCAUUCCAUGUUCCAGGAGAUUACCAGUCUCCUAGUGUCACAGUUUUCAAGUCCUUCCUCAUCUCAAUGGACGCCAUUUGCAGAGCAAGCCAUCGCCGCUAUCUACAGACUGUCUGAGCAACCAGACCGACUGUGUGGCAAUAUCCUGAGAUCUCUGGUCAAGACGAUGUCCGGAGUAAGAGGAGAGGGAGGGGAGGAGGGAGAGGGGGGGGAGGGAGAGGGGGAGAGAGAAGAUGAGGAGACAGAAGGAGGAAGGAGGGUGGGGCAGAAAAAGAGCAAACAGAGAGAAGGAGGGAGGGAGAAAAUUUUGAGCUCUCCAAAGAUUUUAAUUCGUUGACCCUCUCUCGUCUGAUUUUCACUGCUGGACAUGUGGCACAGUGGCAGGUGAUUCAUCUUGAGACGUGCGUUGCUCGAGAACUGAAGAGGAGGAGAGAGGCGGCCGCAGAGGAGGGAGAGAGGUCGGGAGGCAAGAGAGGAAAAACUCCAUCUUCUUCUUCGGCCAGAAAAACUCCCAGACACACGCCAGGAAAAACGCCUGGAAAAAAGGCGACGGGAUCGUCCCCCUCGUUGGAGGAGGAGAUGGGUCUGAUUGGUGCGACGGCCGAGGACGUGGAGGGAGACAUGAUCAAGAGGGUGUGUGAGGUCGAUGUCGGGUCGACCGGCCUUCUCUCUCGAUUCGAGCCACUCAUAGUCUCAGUUGUGGCUAAUCCCUCGCAGUACAGGUGUCCCGUUCUCCAGACUUCUGCCGUUCUGGCUCUCUCGAAAUACAUGAUGAUCAGUCAUCAGCUGUGUGAGAAAUAUCUCCAACUGCUGUUCACCGUCCUCGAAAAAUCUGCUGACAUGGCAGUCCGAGCCAAUACCAUCGUUGCCGCGGGCGACCUGGCAUUCCGUUACCCCAACCUGACUGAACCUUGGACUCCACACCUCUAUGCCAGGUUGCAGGAUCCCGCCCCUCUCGUCAGGAAGAACACGAUCAUCGUACUCACUCACCUCAUUCUCAACGACAUGAUCAAGGUCAAAGGUCAGAUCAGCGAGAUGGCGCUGGUCCUAGAGGACAAGGAUGAGUCCAUAGCAGCCAACGCACGGUUCUUCUUCUCACAACUAGCCAAGAAGGGGAACGAUAUCUACAACGUUCUGCCCAACAUCAUCAGUCACCUCUCUGACCCCCAGAGACUGGUCCCUCGAGAGAAAUUCAGAAAUAUCACCAGAUUUCUGUUCUCCUUCGUUCAGAAAGACAAACACUGCGAGAGUCUUGUCGAGAAAAUAUGCCAUCGCUUCAGAGCUACCGGGUCAGAGCAGCAGUGGCGGGACCUAGCCCACUGUCUGACUCAGAUCAACUUCAACGACCGCUGCGUCCGGAAACUUCAGGACAACUUCACGUGCUAUCAAGACAAACUGGUUGAUCGGGACGUAUAUACCAGUUUUACCAGUGUCACCAACAAGGCCAAGAAGUUUGCCAAACCAGAAACAAAGGCUCUGAUUACUGAACUGGAAGAGAUGAUGAAGACCGCACAGCAGAAAGGGCUUGAGGAGUUGGAGGACGAGAGGGAGGGGGAGGGAGACGGAGAAGAAAGCGAGAAGAAGCGGGAGAAAGAGGAGAAUGGGAGAAACGCGUCUCUCUCACCACCUCCAAUACCACUAUCUCGGAAGAAAGCUAAAACGACUUCAAAGAAAGCAUCCAAACAACUCCGACUCCAGACUCCAGCCAAAGGAAGGACUGAGAAAGUGAAAUCGAAAGUCAGAGUCGGCACAACACGUAGACUAAAGGCUCUGCCCGUGGCUCUGGAAUCGGACGAGGAAAAAGAAAACUCGGAAUGGAACGAAGACGAUGAUUUCAGGACCGACGUUUUGACGUCGGCUCGUCGGGCCGUCGCAAACAGCGGGUCCAUAACCAGACGGAGACCGGUCAGACGGGUUCGGGGGCAGAAGAUACGACAAUUGGUGUUCUCUAGCGACGAAGAUGAGCAGUCAGAGAGGGA